CAGCACUUUCUUAUGCAGCAAGUAGUCGCUAUUUUUGUCAAGUCCGUUAAAAUUUUGUUGUGAAUUGUGUUUUUCUGUUUUUAAAUUUUCCGGUCGGACAAUUUACGGAAAAAGUGAAUGACUCGACUUGGUUGGAUAUUUUUCGUUUGAUCUAAAAUGCCUCGCAAUCAUCCUCGAGCAACGACAGUGAGUUCCGUGUCGUCUUUAAAUUUUUCUGCGCCGAAAAGAACGAUCCGUGUGUUGCACCAUAGAGAUCCUCCGCAAGUGGCUCUCAUGCCGAAAACGUCGGCUUCGCUUCCGUGUUUCGUUCGGCCCGAGAGCGAAGAGGCUUCAAAAUUGAGAGUGUCUCGGUUGAGCCAGCAGGAGAGCAAAUCUUCGUCUGCAACGACCUCAAAGUCAACAAAGUCAGUUCAUUCUGGAAUAUCUUCAAGAAGAAGGCUUGAAAUCUCAGCACAGACUGCAGGAAAAUCUAUUCUGAAGGCACCAUCAGAAAACAUCACUGCUUGGACCGCAGAGGAAGCAUUGAAGAACAGAGUGUCUCAGUUAGAAAAUGCUUUUAAAACAAAAAAUUUUCCGGAGCCAGAACAGCCUCAAAACGUCUUAGAUGAGAGCGUCGACAGUGUUUUGCAGAGGCUGGUUCUUGAAGACAAAAAAGUUUCAAGUAAAGUGUCAAACUCUGUGGCACGCCUCAGCAGUCCCCGCAGAGAACACAAACCACACUGCUCCAAUGACAUCGGCCACACACAUCAACCAAUAGUGAAAGUUGACAGCACGGACAGUGCCUUAGAGGAUGAAAAAAUUGCAAGAAAAGUGUCAAAUUCUGUGCGACGCCUUAGCAGUCCCCACAGAGAUCACAAGCCUCACUGCUCCAACGACGUGGGCCAUCAACCUGCAGUGCAAGUUGACAUUGUGGACAGUGCAAUGCAGAAAAUGCUCCUGGAGGAUGCAAAAAUUGCAAGAAAAGCAUCUGUGAGACGCCUCAGCAGUCCUCACAGAGGACACAAACCACACUGCUCUAAUGACGUGGGUCAUAUCAAUCAACGGACAGUGGAAGCCGCCUAUCCAUCUAAAGCAAAAGCGCAAUCCAUGCGGAAGUCAAUUGGCUCGCCGACCAAAAGCACAGUGAGACCGGCUGCAAUCAAACGCAAAGUACAAAUGGACCCCCAACCGAAUUUUUCACGAGUCGACGUUCGCUCGGCAAUUACCGAGAGCAGUGAAUUGCUGAAGGAGGUCAAAUCGUGGUACAAAGAGCUUGAAAGGGACUCGUCUCGUCCUGCCGAAAAACAGGAAGUGGCUCCCAUUCGAAGACCCACUGCGGCGAGGCGAGCAGAUUUUGAAAAGGCUGAGAAGAAAAGACGAGCCAAUUUGGAGGAGGACGAUUUGCGCACGGACAUUGAGAGUCUCAGAAAGGAGGUGAAGCGCUUGACAAAGAAAAUCGCUCACAAGUCGGAUAAGAAGCGUUCAAAUAAACAUAAAAGUGUUGAUGUCAAAGAAAACAGACCGAAAAGUAGAUCUUCUAUUGAAAAAAUUAAUCAAUAUUCAAAAAACGUUGCACUUGAAGCUGCUCAUUAUUUUGAAACAGAAUCGAAUCAGCAAAAUCAAAACCUGACAGUUCGAACUCUUCAGGAUCUAGUAAUUCGAAGACCACUUUCAUUUCAAUCAGGCCCUCGAAUUGUAAUUUCGCCAAAGCCAGUGUUGUCGAGAGUUAGUAACGUGCAAUUUGCCACUUUUGAGCACCAGUUGUCGGAACCGGAAGCGCCCAAGACUCCGGAACGGCCUUUAAGGGAACUCCAGAUUUUCCAAAAUCAACUCCAAACCAGAGACGAACAAGUUUCCACCGACCAGGUCGUUGUAUUUUCGGCCGCUUGUCAAACCUCGCCGCCCCAGGUUUUCAACAUUUUUGCACAAACCGAAGAAAUAGUGGUCAGAAAAAGGGACACCAUGGUUUCGGUGGCGGUUCAAAGUUCGCCCGAAGCCAAAAUCCUUGUCUCUGAUCUCCAAGUACAGACUGAAGUCGUCCAAGUACGGACUGUCGCAACGGAGACCAUUUUCAGUCCGCCUCCAGUUAACAAAGUUUUAGAUAUUGAGCCAGAAGUUACAAAGGUACCGAAUGUAGGACCAGCCGGAGACUCAGUUUUACCACAGGAAGUACAAGAAAAGACGAAAAAUAAGGAACCGUCCAGACUAAGUGGUGCUAGUUUAUCUCCCAUACUGGAAGUUUCGUCUUCGAAUGCAUCCCCUGACUUCAUUGUUUCGCCCUUGACAACUCCGAAGGCGAGUUUGGUCAUUCCAGACUCGAGCAAAUCCGACCAGUCUGAGUCAUCGCCAGAAGUGAAGAACAAGCAAAAGCACAGUUCGCCGCCAAAAACGGUGGCGUUUGCUGACCUGCCUCUCCUGCUGCGACUCAGGUCGCCAAGUUUGAGGGUCAAAUUGCCAGAUUUUCGAAGGCGCUUCCCGAGGCAAGAUGGAUCGAAAAGCGAUUCAUCUGAAUCGAGCUCAGACAAUGACGAUGAAACAGUAACAAAAAGCAAUGAACCUCUGACGAGUGAAAUUCAUACAUCGUCGGAAAGUAGGUCUGCCUCACCAACAAGUACUGCAAGUUCUAUUGAAUUCACGACUUCGUCUAGUGCAGCUUUCAUCCCAAAAGCUCCGAUUGCCAUACCUGCAUACCAAAUGAAACGAAUAAGGUCCCUGGCAGCAAAAAUGGCUCCAAAGCUUCUCGAACACUCUGCCAGUGAUGACGGAGAACUGAGUGAAGGACAAGUUUGGCCGUUGCCCAACAAAGGCACAAAGAAAAUCUAGCAAUAAUGUCCGAGGUGUUUUCAAAAAGGUGUCUUGCAAAAUUGCUCAUUCCAAAUUUGUUUGAACUUUGUUUUUGUGAAAUAAAAUCUAGAAAUAUAUUCGUGGUAGCAAAAUAUUAUUAUUU